UUAUUUGCUAAAACUACAAAAUAUUUCCGCAGUGUAGUUCGCGGUACUCAAACGGUCGUCGGUAUCAUGUCACGCCCUACGUCCAGGAUGAAUGGAAUUUUUCCAGUGCCGCGACCUCAACCGAGCCGCAACUUUCUCGACGAAAAUAAAAAGAGCUUGCGCUCGCUGGAGAAAUCUACAACUAAGAAGCUGGAAGCCAGGGAGCCAGUGCGUCCCGAAUGGAUGCCAGCCAUGCAGCGCGUGGAUUCCGAGGCAAGAGAAUCGAAAGCAGUCAACCGACCCCAGACCCCUGUAUCGGUGUCCACACAAAACACCCGCGAAAGCAGUCUGACGCGCAACCGUUUGAAGUCGUGUUCGCAUCACCCAUUGGUAGUGGGCGCCGCGGAGUCUGGCCAACGUAUUGACCCUUCGGAGGUAGCAGCACAGUCGUCGGAAAGCUCCAAUUCUUGUGGCACACAGCGCAGCUGCUCAACCAUUGCCACACAGACGGAGGACAUCAGCGAUGAGCUCUACCUCACAAAUUCCCUAGAAAAAUGCAGUUUUGAUGGUGCAUCCGGGAUGGGUGAGCGUGAGUCCGCAAGUAACUACCAAAGAUCCAAUCGGUAUGAUUAUAGCGAAGAAGAGGAUCUACAGUCACUUGGCACAUAUGGCAGACAGCAACAGCAGAGUCCCCACAACAUGAAGGAUGAUCAGGAAAUUGAAUACUCACGCGACAACAGUCAUCCUCGCUCUCUGGACAAGGAUGCAAGUGAUCCGGAACAUGCACGUGUUGGCGAAUUGAACAGCGCACAGCGGCGCUGUGAUGGGCUCAUCAGCGAGUUAAAUCACAUGCCCAUCACUUCGCAGAGUCUGUGGGUGCGCAACCGCAAGGCAGAAAUUGAAAAGGAGCUGGCCAUCGUGGAUGAGGAGAUUCGGAUCUACUUCAAGCCCAAGCUGUACAUUAACUCUAGCAAAAAUAAGUAAAUCUGACACAUCCAAAGGAGUCUGCAUUCAGCUGACUGAUUCUUAGUUCAUAGUUUUUGGGGGGGUUCCCAGAGAGCUACUCCGCCCCCCCAAAAACUAUGAACUAUGACCUUCGCCGUACAUGUGGGACUGCCAGUCCUUUGAAUGCAUACAACUGAAAACUCACUUAAACAUCACAUUCGGUUGGCAAAAUUC